GCAGCGUUUAGCGGCUUCUGAAGAAGGCUCGCGAGCCGCUUUUCACCUAUCCUGAAAACUCCAUCAUCCCCUUUCUCCUGGAAUUUGGUUUGCCUGCAAUUCUCUACCCCGCCUUUCUCUCGUGGUUUCAAUUCUCCUCUCCUGUCCCCCUUUCUAAAUGUCUCCGAUUGAUUGCUAGGGCUUCCUAAUCUCAUUUCUUGGUCUGCGAAACCGCUGUCUCCAAUCUUCAUCAACUUAGUUAAUUUUGCAGAUAUGGCUAGCCGCGUUACCUUCAGCUAUUCUGGCUAUGUCGCCUGGAGCUUGGUUCCGUCGGCCGUUGUUCGAGUCGCAUCUACCCCAUGCUUCCGGGAAUGCUGGACCCGGUCUCGCAUAUUCUGUCCUUCCCAGGAGAAGCCUGAUGUUGAUUCCUCACCCCCUUGCGGCGUCCGUAGUUACCAUUCCUUUUUCAGGCGGCCCAAAUUCAGUUGCUGCCGUGAGGAUUCAGCAUCUACAUAUACGACUGUCGCAGCGGGAAUUUUGGGUUAUAAUUAUAAAAACCCGUUCGUAUCGGGUUUGAUUUCGAUUAUGAGUUCAACUGUCGGUGUAUCUGGUUCAUGUGCUGCGGGUGCGGCUGUAUGCGGUAUAUCCCCGUGGAAAGCCACUUCGAUUUUACCCUUUUUACAGGGGUCGAAGUGGCUUCCUUGUAACCAGUCGAUUCCCUCUUUCACAAGCUGUGUGGUGGAUAAAGGCGGAACACAUUGCUUUGGCGGGGAAGAUAACGGGGAGUCGGGGUACAGUUCCAACGUUAUUGAGAAGACAAACUGGCUUUCGCGCUCUUUACGACUCCACUCAGAGGAUGCGAAAGCUGUGUUUACUGCAGCCACUGUUAGUAUUCUCUUCCGAUCGUUCUUGGCUGAACCGAGAUCCAUUCCUUCGUCCUCAAUGCACCCAACUCUGGAUGUAGGUGACCGCAUUUUGGCGGAGAAGGUUUCAUUCUUCUUUAGAAGGCCUGAUGUUUCAGAUAUAGUAAUUUUUAAGGCGCCUCCUAUUUUGCAGGAAAUUGGUUAUUGUUCAGGUGAUGUAUUUAUAAAAAGAAUUGUGGCGAAGGCUGGGGACUGUGUUGAGGUUCGUGAAGGAAAGUUGCUGGUGAAUGGUAUUGCUCAAGAAGAAGAAUUCAUUCUGGAGCCACCUGCUUAUGAGAUGGACCCGCUGGUUGUGCCAGAAGGUCAUGUGUUUGUGAUGGGAGACAAUCGCAAUAACAGCUUUGAUUCGCAUAACUGGGGUCCUCUACCUAUCAAGAACAUUGUCGGUAGAUCCAUUUUUCGAUACUGGCCUCCAUCCAGGGUAUCCGAGGCUUUCAAACUGCCUCCGGCCAAAAAUUGCGUGGCAAUGUUUUGACAUCAACUGUUGGUGGCUUCGUUCUAUGUUGGCCCAGAUAUGCUGUCCACUCUCAAAAACGUGCGGCGUGAAUAUCUUGUUCAUUGAUGUCAUGUUUCAUCGAUGACAUGAGAAAACCUGACUAUGCUUACUCUAGUCGUUCUGAGUAUUCGUGCUCCUGAAAAAGAGCAAGGCCAUUUUUGUUCCCCUCCCCCCCCCCCCCAAAAAGAGAGAGAGAGAGAGAGCAGAGGGCUUUCAGAAAAAUAAAGUUGAAGAAGAAAGAACAGUAUUUUUUUGGCUCAGGGAAGAAAGCAACAUGUUGAUUGAUUUGUUUCGUACCUUCUCAUCAGUAGUAUCUUGACUCUUAGGCCUCUUCAUGGUGCCGAUGCCUGCCUCUAAGGUCGACAAUGAAGCUUCACUGAUUAUUUGGCCGAAUUGAAAAAAAGAAGAAGAAGAAGAAGAAGAAGAAGCUGCAGCAGCUUCUUCCACAACCAUGUGAAAAUGUACGGAUGUAUUUUUUAUGGCAAAGUCAUGGAAUACUUUUUCUUUUUUGUUGGCAUUUGCAAUAUUUGUAUUUGAUAUAAAACGUAAUUUUUCCAAAAAUUUCGUUUUGAAUGAAUUGCUGCUGGAGUUCUUGUAGAAGUUUUGGGCGGGCAGUACUUGGUGGUUGGGAGGACUCGAGGAGUUUGUUCUGACUUCUGAAUCUAAAGCUAUUUUCCUCCUUCACUCAGGAACUUGUAUAUAGAUUGGUUAAGAAAGACAUGUUGAUAAAAGCAGCUGCCAAAUGAUCUACGUGUCUACUAGAUUAGGAAGCCAAGCCUGCUCCAUUCACCGGCGAUAAGAAAAUUCAGUAAAAGAAAAAAAAAAUAAAGGAAAAUCUUGCCGUCAUAAAUAAAUACGUUGCAUGCUUGCACAUUCGUCACAAGGCAAUCAGAAACCCAAGCUGAAGCCAUUUUCGUUGAAAAGGCGAGAAUGGCAACUGAUCCCAUGCCGGUGCUAUUCUUCUUGCUUCUGAUCCAUUUCCAAUUCUAUCACUCCUCACAUUUAGCAUCUACUUUUCCUCUUCCUGCAAUCGCCUCUUCGUCUCAGACCAAUCUUGCCCACAUUGCAGGAUGUUUUGAAGAAUAUUUCAGCAAGUGAGAACUGGAAUUUGAAGGAUGUAAGAAUUUCCGAGUUGGGCGUUGGGGAGGCGAGGUUUGACACCUCCCAGAUCUACGAAAUCUCUAUUAAGUUGGGCAAGAGCCAGUUUGCCACUAUCAAAUUCUCGGACACAUUUGUGUCUUGGAGCAAAUUUAGAAAGCCAAAAUCCGAUUUAUACUCUGAUUCAUGGAGUUACUCCCGGGCUGUACUGGAUACCUUGGAAGUGGAAGGUUAAUGAGUUACGGGUCGAUCCUCCUCAUCAACUCUCACUUACCUUGCCGAUGAAUAUCUCAUAUGCUGAUCUGAAACGCAUCCUUGUUGCUGAAGGCAUCACAUUACAAGUCAGAAAAGCUCUAGAAGUGUCCUUCCAUUACUCUUCCAAUUAUGAUCUGCCAAUGGAUGGAAGCAUGACGUUGGACGAGUAUGCGAGUGAUUUUCGGCCCUUUAUGUUGUCAUCCACGUGCAUUCAACUAAUUUAUGUACGCAUAUCCCUGGCUCCGCGUCAUUGGCUGCUGAUGCAGAACGAAACCCUGGUUUACGCAUAACUACUGUUUCUAUAUCACAGGAUGCCAUUCCGCUGCUUCCAGAUAAGAGUCUCCGCGGUGCUCGCAAGUACAAUAAGCGAUCGUGCUCUUUUCAUCCUUUGAGUAUGAGAAUGAGUAUUGGUGAAAAAGUUUGGAGGAGCCUCGUGGGGCCUAGGCUGCUUGAAAAUCCCGUGUCUGUUUCCUUGGAUGCAAGCAGAAAGGCAUCAGCUGCUGUCAAACUCCCCAAAGGAUUGGAAAGAGAGGUCAGAAGAAAUUACAGACGUAGAGAGGAAGAGGAGGCAUGGCACAAUCGCGAGAGGCGCAGAGUUGAAUGGGUUCGGUUUGAGAUAGCGGCCAGAGUGGAGGCUGACCAGCUGAAGCCUCUUGCCUUCAAGAAAUCCAGACCCAUUCUCUACUGGGAAGAUAUGAAUUCCAACAAGUCCUCCGGGACUUGGUAUCCUGAUCACGUUCCUUCUUAAUUAUGAUUUUGACAGCCUUCUGUUUUAGGCCUUUAUCGUACAUUUCAUGAGACUAUACUUGUACAUGUGUAAAAAUAUAUACCUGAAAUUUUAAAUAAAGCUAAUGAUUUUUUCUUUCU